UCCCGGCAUCCUCCGCACAGAUCACGACAGGCUUUAAUUCAGAUCAAGGCAUCAAACAGGAGUUCUCCGUUGGUGGAAAAUCUCAACCGAAGACGCUUCGGGAUCUGAGCUCAGGAGGAAAAUGGAUCGACUGAAGGUUCCUCGGACUAAAGAACUGGAAUUUGGGGGUGUAUUUGGAGUGGCCCUCCUGAUGGUCCUGAUGCCCAGCACUGUCUUCUACCUGCUGCUAGUCUGCAGGACGGAGCAAGCCAGCGUGCUGAGCCCCCCCUUGCCGCUGCCCUCCUUUCGCUCCCUCUGGAGCCCCCAAGACUUCGCUCUGGUCCUGACCUGGGUGGCAUUCCAAGCCCUUCUCUACCAGCUGCCAAUGGGGAAGCUCAGCGAAGGAAGUGUUCUUCGGGACAAGAGCCGGCUGCAAUAUCGCAUUAACGGGUUCUACACCAUGUUGGUCACAGCGCUGAUGGUGGGUGCCGGACUGGCCGGGGGGCUGCGCCUGAGUUACAUCUACGACCACCUCCUGCAACUGGCCUUCGCAGCGACCGUCGUGGCUUUCAGCCUGAGCGUCCUUCUCUAUUUUAAAGCUCUGCUGGCCCCAGAGACAGCUCUGGCUCCCAGUGGGAAUUCAGGAAACCCCAUUUAUGACUUCUUCAUGGGCCAUGAGUUGAACCCACGCAUCGGGGUCUUUGAUCUCAAAUUCUUCUGUGAGUUACGCCCAGGUCUCCUUGGCUGGGCCCUGAUCAACAUGGCGAUGUUGGUUAAAGAAACGGAACUGAGAGGCAGCCCCUCCUUGGCCAUGAUCCUGGUUAAUGCCUUCCAGCUUCUCUACGUGGUGGAUGCCUUCUGGCAUGAGGAGGCCAUUCUCACCACAAUGGAUAUUGUCCAUGAUGGCUUCGGUUUCAUGCUUGCUUACGGGGACCUGGCUUGGGUGCCAUUCCUGUACAGCCUCCAGUCCUGCUUCCUCGUAGCUCACCCCCAGCAGCUUAGCCUGCCUCUAGCGGGGGGCAUCGUCCUGCUAAAUGGUGAGUCUAUAACCAUAUUCCGUGGUGCCAAUUCCCAGAAAAACACCUUCCGACGGAAUCCCGCUGACCCCAGAGUGACUGGGCUCCGGACAAUCCCUACGGCAACCGGUCGCCGCCUCCUGGUCUCUGGCUGGUGGGGUUUUGUGCGACACCCCAACUAUUUAGGAGAUCUGAUCAUGGCUUUUGCGUGGUCUUUGCCCUGCGGAUUCACUCACAUCUUGCCCUAUUUUUAUAUUAUCUAUUUCACCUUGCUGCUGGCUCAUCGGGAUGCCCGGGACGAGCACCAGUGCCUGAGGAAGUACGGGCUAGCGUGGCACGAAUAUUGCCGGCGUGUCCCUUACCGGAUUUUCCCGUAUCUCUACUGAAUUCUUAAGUCUCCAUUUCCAAACGGUCUCUUGUUUGGAAGUUGUCAGAAUUGUCUCCUGGCUUCAUGUCACUGCAAGGAAGAAGACACUGCACAACUUGGGAAGCAGGCAGAAGCAUCAGCUGU